UAUGUCCCUCAAGAACAAACUCUCCUACAAAGACGUAGAUUUCUCCAAUAAACGUGUGUUCCUACGAGUAGAUUUCAAUGUUCCAUUAGACAAGAAAACACAUACGAUUACCAACUUACAACGGAUAAAUGAAGCAGUGCCCACAAUACAGCACAUCCUUAACUCCAACUGUCGCACUUUAGUUCUUGCUAGUCACCUGGGUCGCCCUAAUGGUAAAGUUACCAGCUCUCUGAGCUUGCGCCCUGUAGCUGCUGCAUUGAAGGAUAUUUUGUCUUGCAAUGUGGUGUUUUUAGAGGACUGUGUGGGUGAGAAGGUAACAAGUGCUGUAAAUGGAGCACCCAAGGGAACUGUUAUUUUGCUGGAGAACCUCAGAUUUCAUCCUGAGGAGGAAGGCUCAUCUGUUGAUGAAAACAAGAAUAAAGUGAAGUCCAGUCCAGAGUCUGUUGCUAAGUUCAGAUCCCAGCUCUCUGAACUAGGUGAUGUGUAUGUGAAUGAUGCAUUUGGCACUGCACAUCGUGCACACAGCUCUAUGGUUGGUUUCAAGUGCCAGCAGCGUGCUGCUGGAGGCUUGUUGAACAAGGAAUUGACCUACUUUUCCAAAGCUAUGGAGAGUCCUCCUAGACCUUUUCUUAGUAUUAUGGGAGGUGCCAAAGUGGAAGAUAAAAUACAAUUGAUUAUGAACCUGAUGGAUAAAGUAGAUGAGAUGAUCAUUGGAGGAGGGAUGGCCUUUACAUUUGAGAAAGUUCUGCACAACAUGGAAAUAGGAGGCUCACUGUUUGACGCAAAAGGAGCAGAAAUAAUCCCACAAAUAAUGGCUAAAGCAGCUGAGAAAGGGGUAAAGAUACAUCUUCCUACAGACUAUGUGACUGGAGAAUCUUUCAGUCCUGAUACACCUAGCAAAACUUGCACUAGAGAUGAAGGCAUUGCUGUUGGUAUGGGACUUGAUGUUGGACCUAACAGUGUUAAACAGUUUCAAGAGGUCAUCUCACGCGCUAAGAUCAUUGUCUGGAAUGGACCAAUGGGCGUGUUCGAGUUUGAAAAGUUUUCAGCAGGAACAAAAGGAGUGUUAGAGGGAGUUGAGAAAGUUACUAAAGAAGGAUGUGUUAGCAUUAUUGGUGGGGGUGAUACCGCUACUUGUGUCACUAAAUUUAGCUCUGCCGAUAAGUUUUCUCACAUUAGUACUGGAGGAGGAGCAAGUCUGGAAUUAUUGGAAGGCAAAGCAUUGCCUGGUGUUGCAGCGCUCUCUGAUAAACCUAUGAUGUCUCAGCCACAAGCUCUCUCUCCUGCCCAGAAGAAGGAACUGCGACAAAUCGCACGGUCCAUUGUCGAGAAUGGAAAAGGAAUUCUAGCAGCUGAUGAGAGCACUGGAACUAUUGGAAAACGUUUGGGUGGAAUUGGUGUAGAGAACACUGAGGACAACAGAAGAGCUUACAGAGAACUACUCUUCACUCUACCAAAGGAGGCAAACGCUGGCUCGAGUCUGGGAGGAUGUAUUCUCUUUGAAGAAACUUUGUUCCAGAAUUCGUCCAGUGGUGUCUCAAUGGUGAAACUACUCCGAGAUCAAGGCAUCAUCCCUGGUAUCAAGGUAGAUAAGGGUAUUGUAAUGUUGCCCGGAACCAAUGGUGGGGAGGGUGUUACUCAAGGACUUGACGGACUGGCGGAACGAUGUAAGAAGUACAAACAAGCUGGUGCUCAGUUUGCUAAGUGGAGAGCUGUUAUCAAGAUCGGAGAUAACAUUCCCUCUGAGCUAGCAAUCCAAGAGAACGCUGUUACUCUGGCCAGAUACGCAACUAUCUGUCAACAAGAGGGUUUGGUCCCAAUUGUGGAACCGGAGGUGCUCUGUGACGGUACACACACUCUGGCUCGUUGCCAGGAAGUCACCGAGAAAGUACUUGCUGCUACCUACAAAGCGUGCAGUGACCAUCACCUCUACCUGGAGGGGUCUCUGCUGAAACCCAACAUGGUUACAGCUGGUAUGCAGUGCCCUGAACAGGCUACUCCUGAGCAAGUUGCUGAGGCCACUGUUAUCACCCUACAGAGGACAGUUCCCGCAGCUGUUGUUGGAAUUACAUUCCUGUCUGGUGGUCAGAGUGAGGAGAACGCCACCCUCAACCUCAACGCAAUCAACCAAUACCAGGAUCCUGGUCGCAAACCCUGGAAGCUAGCUUUCUCCUACGGAAGAGCUCUGCAAGCCAGUGUCCUCAAAGCUUGGCAAGGAAAGCAGGAAAACGUUGGAGCAGCACAGAAAGAGCUCCAGAAACGGGCCUACGCCAACCACAUGGCCUGCCUGGGACAGUACUGUGGGGAUGUUCACGGUGCUAGUGGGAGCGAGAGUUUGUUUGUUGCAAACCACACUUAUUAGAGUGGGGUUUUAUAGUGAACCACACUUCAAACCAUACUUGUUAGAGUGAACUCUUGGAACUGUGUUUGAUCCAUUUCUUAUGAAAAGUGUUGUUUUAUGUUCAUAUAUCUCAUUAUUUCAUUUAUGAUUUCAUUUUUUGUUUCAUAGAGUCCAUUAAAUUAUUAGAUUUGCUUAAGUAGUCGAACGUUUUUUAGUGUUGAAUAACCUUAGUUUGUUGAAUAAAUUUCUGAGUGAAA